AUGUUUAAUAUUAGGGAACAACCUGAUUUUGAAAGAAUCAAGGAUCAAAAAUCGUUGGAAAUAGAGAUACGACGAAGAAUCAUAGAUAAGACAGCCGAAAAGAAACGACAUUUGCGUCAAGUGCAUAUUAAACGCAAAGAAGCAUUGGAAGAGGAACAACUUCAACGUGCCAAAGCAGCUGCAGAUUUAAAAGUUCGACAACAUGAUCGCACGCAUCGACUAGCAGAAGAACUUGCACGUCGUAAACAGGUUGAACAGCAAGAAUCUUUAAAGACUAGAAAAAAGAAAUUCGCUGUAACUUUACCUAAAGAGAUUUUCGAAAAGUUAGAAACCGAUUUGGAGAAAGAAGAAUGGAAAGAAGAAGUGGCAGCGUCCAAUUUGAUUCCUCCAUGGAAUUUGAAAGAAGAUCUUAUAAAGCAACAGGAGGAGAAAUUAAAGUACAGAAGGGAUCUUCAGAAUCAAUUGAUCGAUAAUCGGCGUAGAUUACGCGAGAAAGAGGAGGAGAAGCAUCGCGAGAGGAAAAUAAUAGAAGAGGUUAAUAAAGUGUUGCACGAGGAGAAUGUGGAAGCGGAGAAGAAGAAGAAGGAAAUCGCUAUUACGUUACAGACCGAAAGGGAUGCUUUUUUAAAAGCUCGAGAAUUUUGGAAAGAAAAGAGGAAGGAGAUUCUGAAGCAAGAACACGAUGAAAUCUCAAGGAUCGUUGCCAAGAGGGAAGCUUUGCAGAAGAGGGAAGCUGAGGGAAAGAUUGAUAUUCGUGAGGCGAAAGAUGUUUUGUUGGAGAAAAUGAUGAAAAAGCUAACGGAGGAAGAGUAUAAAAGAUUGGAACGAGAAGAAAUCUGUCGAGAAUUAUAUAUAGCGGAGAAAGAACAACAAUUGAAAAAGGAAGCGAUUACAGUGGCGUUGAAAAAGAAACAAACUGCUAAAGAAUUCUUACAAGAAAUGGCAAGAACUCAGAAAAAUAUGGCCGAAAGGAAGGCGAAAGAAAUUGCGAUCGAUGUUGCUUUCGCUAAUUAUUUGAUAGAGGAACGAAAAAAACAGGAGGAAAAAGAAAAAGAAAGGCAGCAACUGCAACGCGAAAGAAUUCUACAAUAUGGAAACGAUUUGCGGAAGAUAAUAGAUGAAAAUAAAAUAAAGCGUAUAAAGGAAUUAAAGGAAUAUUUACAAAUAGAAGAUAAUACGAAUGACAAUGAUAAAUGCAAAAUUAAGAGUUUGUCGGAAUCAGUUCUUAGUCAAUCAAAGAAAACAUCGAACAAACCAGAAUUGGACAAUGAAAAUGACUCAAGAUAA